CUUGUAAGCCAGUGUUUCUCAGCCUUCCUAAUUCCGUGACACCUUAAUACAGUUCGCCAUGUUGUGGUGAUCCCCCAAUCAUCUAAUUUUUUUGAGUUGCCUCUUCAUAAAUAUAAUGUGUUUUCCGAUGGUCUUACGCGAUCCCUGUGUAAGAGUCAUUCGACCCUCAAAGGGGUCGAGACCCAAAGGUUGAAAACCGCUGUUGUAAGCGAUAUUUUUAACUGUUGCAUGUUUCGGCUUUCUAAGAAAUUGCAUAAAACAGUAGCCCAAUACUUGACAAUAUAAGAAACAAAAGGGGACCCCCAUAUGCCAGGAAGAACUUGUCAUACUUCAAACGGUGUACCGGUAAGUAGGGAGCUUUUUUUUAUUAUGAGUAUCUAAUCAAACGGUAACCCGUUCGUCUGUGGACCUAUUUGAAACGGCCUUUAAUCAUUAUACGCUUUGAAAUUCAAAUAAUAAUCCAUUUAUAUAACAUGAUACUUCAUAAUCAUAUACUCGGACUUUUAAUGCAUUUUUUGGUGUUGUAAAGGGGGGGGGGCAAUAGAUUAAGAAAACAGAGAGGUUAUUCGCAGUCGGAUGCAUAGAACGCCUCUUUUAAGAAAGGGAUUUCGGCUGCGAAGGCUUAAAUUUGCUUACGAUCUAAGUGAUUUGUAAAGCUAAGCAUCCGAAUAAAUCAAGAUUUAGUUUUUGAGAGAAUGUACGAUGUAGGCAGUGGUCAUUGUGGACGUGUAAAAUCAAGCAGUGUUAAAAUUUAAUUAACAAAUUAAGAUGAAGCUACUAUAAUUUUAUUUUUAAACAGAAACGUCAAUUUAUUUAAUUUCAAAAACAAAAAUAAUAUCUAUAAUGAUCUGUUAGUGGAGUGUUAGAAUUUGAGUAAGCUUCUCGUGGAGUGAGAAGUAUAUAAUAAGAUGUAAUGAAAUGAACCCAGAUAGGGUGAGGAUUUUCUCUAGCGUAGUUUGUUAAGGCAUGUGAUGAAGAAUGAGAAUUAGGGAUAUGUAGUCAAAAUGAAAUUACAUAUAGUGAAAAGAAAUAGGAUUUACUGAGGUUUAGCGAUAUUAACGAGACACUCUGAGACAGUUUCAGUGACAUGACUUCUUCUCAGAAGUAGUGAGAUAUGUUGUGAUAAACGAGAUAUCGUAAGAUGCCAUGAGAUGUAGGGAAACGUGAGAUAAUUUAUCGUUAUGAUAUAAGAUGAUUUGUAGUGAGAAAUGUUUUCAGCUCUAGCGACGUGAAAGCCUAACAGAUUAGAGUUCGAGAUUUACUACUUUUAAAUAGCGUCAAAAGGCCGCGGUGACCUUAAUUUUUUAGCGUGGAGACAUUUUAUAAAUUUAAUCUGCUGAGAAAAUAUUUAUGGAGCCGCAGCAGGGUCGAUCUUAUGUAAUGAAAAUACCAGCAUUUAUUAAUUCAACGGGUCGCAUGUAGUCCGCGUGUAGUCGACCUUUGACUUCAAAACUGAAAGACUUCCUGGUUAACUGGAACAUGAAGGCAUUCCCAUGGCUGAGACAGACUUUGGCCGAAUGGUCGCUCUAUUAAAAAUAAAAAAAUUGAUCAAAGUAUAAAAAUAAAUCCCUUGUCAUGUCUGAGGGAAAUGCUAAACUGGCACAUAAUUGUCAAUCCAUUUAAAAGGUACUAAUAAAGACAUUUAAAAAGACAAAAACGCCAAGUCUAUGCUAGUGGCAAAGCACGACGACACACCUGUGUCAUGGGUGGCCAGUCUUUUGUUAAAGCGCUUACUCCACUGCAGCGCUUCCCACAGUGUGGUAUGCGUACCCCUGGAGGGUCGUGGAAGCGUUGGGUUGGGCUACGCGCUGCAGAGGAAAUAUUAAAUUAUAUUUUUUUUUAUUUAUUAAAGUAAAUGCAAUUUAAUAAAGGAGGGGUACUCAGUGUUACGAAAAAAUUAUAGACAGGAGUACACAGAUGACGAAAGUUUGGGAAACUCUGCUCUACUAUACUGAAAACAGGCAAUGUCACCCCCCCCCUUUUUUUAAUUUUAUACUUUGGAAAAUCCUCUCCUAGGAAUUCUGGCAACAUAAAUAAUGCGAUUUUAUACGCCCAAAAUCACAAUAUAAAAAUUGUUAAGGGAAAGCUUUACGUUAUUAUAUAUAUAUAUAUAUAUAUAUAUAUAUAUAUAUAUGAUAAGCACAAAUGAAAAAAAAAUACUUAUAAUAAUCAACCUACCUGAAAUAAUUAACUUUGCUAAAUAUUUACAAGUUUUACCAUAGUCAAAAAUGAGAGAAAAUGUGUUAAGUAGAAAGGUCUACGAAUUUUUAUUGGUUAUCUAAACUGUUCAUUUUAAUAAAUCGGUUAUAAACAGUAUUAUUAUGUAAAGAAGACAUGAGUUGUUUACAACAUUGUAGAAAUAUCCCAAUAUUCAGUUGAUUGUUUUUUUUUUUAAUUUUAAACUACUGUAACUUUUUCAGAUAAAUUAAACAUUGCCACUUAGAUGUAUUUUAAAACAUCUCCCCCCCCCCCAUUUCCACACACACACACACAAAUCCACAGAAUUUAUUUUACAUUGAAAAAUUAGAUAUAAGAAUGUAUUCUCAAACAAGAUUUUUUUUUUAAAAAUGGAAUUGGCAUGAUAAUGGAAAUGCUAAUUCAUCUUCUUUACUUUAGCUUUGUGACCUAUUCUCAUCUUUGCAAUCCUUUCAAACAGAUAGGGCAGUUAGUUUUCAUUCUAAUAUUAAAAAGAUAAAAGCUGGUGGAAAUUUAAUAAACAUUUGAAAAAAUAUUUUGUUAAACCUCUGUUAUUCAGGAAACUUUGUUACCAACGUAGCAUGUUUAAAGAAAACACACAUCUUCUUGAAUAAAUAAUGAAUGAACUUUGAACUUUUUGUAUGCGCCCGUUAAAUUCUUAAUUUUUAAAAAAGAUAUCGUUCAAUGUUUUCGUUUUUUUAAAUUUUAUAUCCCUCAGCGUUAAUGGAAUCAAGUACAUUUAUAGUUAUGCCAGUAAAAAUAUAUUUUUUAAAGCCUAAUAUCAUCAUACAAUUUAUAAUUACUCAUAUCCAUACGUUUUAAAUAAUGCUUUUGUAAUGAACUAUAAUUAGAACAUAGACUGCGUACGUUUGAUACUUGGCAAGAAAUAUUAUUAGAGCAGUAGUCCUUGAGCUUGAUGUAAAGGUAAUGUAAUACAGCGUUAUUAAAGUCUAAAAAUUUGUGAAUUUACAACAACAAAAAAUGUAUGAAUAAAAAUACCGAAAGUGCAAACAACGGGAAGUGAGUUUUGGGCUGAUAGUCAGAAGCAGCCGGUACGAUAUUUAUAAUAGAAAACUAUAAGCUAUUCACAAGACUAGCCUUAAGUAUACAAAUCAUCAAAUAUAUCAAGCGUAGCGAUAUUGAAAAGAUUCCACUAAUUAUAAAUCGGAUAAAGCACCAGUUACUAUUAUUUUUAAAACUGUUUAGAAAUGACAAUUUAGUCGUUUUUAAUUUUAAAAAUAUAUAAUCGUUCUAUUGCAUUUACCCAUUUUUGCUUGGGGUUUAGACACUUGGGGGGGGGCACUUGACUUUCCCCGGGGGGGGGGGGAAGUGCCCCCUCCCCGUAGAGAUACCUGAAAGAAACCCUGCCCCUCGGAUUAAAAAAAUAGUAAAACUUUUCAAAUGAAUUUUUUGCAGCACACUGGACUCGUGUCAUUUUUUUAAACAAAACUUUCAAUUUAAUGACAAAAUGGAAAGCGGGGGGAAAAAACCCAUGAAUGGAAGGGGGGGGGGGGGAAGUGCCCCCUCCCCGUAGAGAUACCUGAAAGAAACCCUGCUCCUCGGAUUAAAAAAAUAGUAAAACUUUUCAAAUGAAUUCUUUGCAGCACACUGGCAUCGUGUCAUUUUUUUAAACAAAACUUUCAAUUUAAUGACAAAAUGGACAGCGUGGAGAAAAAACCCAUGAAUGGAUCUCUGGCGUCAAGGAUACGAAAGAACUUGUCGUUUAUUGAAGAAGACGUUGAUACCAACGACCUGAUAACAUCUUUGAUUGCCGAUGGUGUAAAUAUUGCUUGUUGUUUAGCUGACGUGUUUUUUACACUCAUCAAUAAUUUGGUAGUUGGUGGAGUCCCUUGUAGUUGUUAUUGAACUUUAAGGAAAAGAAUAUAAUUUCUGUUUGUUAGGAACCUAUUCGUUUUUUUUAAAUCUAGUUUAGCCGUAGUCUUAUUGUUCUUAACCUUUUCAUUCCUUUUUUUUUUUACGUUGCACCUUUAAUGGAGAUCUUUUAACCAGCGUCCCAUGUCUGAGAAAGGUGAAAUGAUUUAGCAGAAUUUUUUUUUCUAAUCCACCUCCUCCCCUACACCGAAUUUUUUUAUUACCUCAACCUCACCGCCUUUACGUCACGCCCAUUUAUUCCCGUCAGAUUAUUGAUUUUAAUGAUAAAGAGCUGAUUUCGAAAGCCGGCACCAAAAAAGAGAGGGCAAUUUAUCUUGUGUCACUCCUGAUGAGCCGCGGUGACAGGGCAUACGAUUGCUUUCUGGAGGCGCUAAGAAAGGCAAAGUACACACACAUCGUUGACAAGGUAUCAGACGUUUCAAUCAGGAACCGCGAAACCAGUGAUCUCGGAGCAGGGGCCUCUCAUGAAAAUCUUGGUAACUUGAGAUGAGUUUUAAAUUUCGAUAUUUACAAAUCUCAAUACCACAUGGCUCCCUCAUUUAAAAUAUUUUUUUUUAAAUAUUUAUUUUAGUUUAAAAAAUAUAUAAAUAUUAUUUUGUUUCCUUUUUGCGUUUUUUUUUAAACCAAAUAUACAAAAAUACAUUGUUCUAUAUAAUUAUACAGAUACAUACUUUUACUUGCUAAAUAAUAACAGGGUCCCUACCUGCCGGCAUUGUAGCCUCGUCCCAGAAACACUAGCGCAUCAGUAACGCGUGUCCCUCACGAGAUGUUUCUGGGGAGGCCAGGGUGGUGGGUGAGCCCUACGGGAGGACAAUGUUGUAUGGCUCGGCUCAGCUGAUGGAGCAGGUAGCCAAUUUACUAGCCGGUGUCAUAAGAGAGUAAUCUCAGUACCCUCACCAGAAUAUGUGCGU